CGCUCACGUGAACACGAGUGCAGGCCCCGCCCCGGAACUGCGGUCUACGCUGCAGCUGAGAGACUCGGGGACGGCGUGUGCUGCUUCCGAAAGGGUUGAGGGACGCUGUUGUCUCCACACGGCACCAUGAAGUUGAAAAAGUCGAGACCAAAGUCAUCAAGCUAUGGCAGAUUUCAGACAAAGGGGAUCAAAGUGGUGGGGAAGUGGAAGCAGGUGAAGAUUGACCCCAGUAUGUUUGCAGAUGGACAGAUGUCUGACUUGGUGUGCUUUGAGGAGCUGACAGAUUACCGGUUGGUCUCGCCUGCCAAGAAUCCCACCAGUCUCUUCUCAAAGGAGGAGCCCAAGAAGAGAAAGGUGCGGGCUGGCUCGGAAGAGGAGGGAGGCGAGUCGAGCUCCCCAAAGAAAAGGGUCAAGCUGAAGAAGAGUGGAGAUGUCGUGACUGAGGGAACCAGUACUCAGAACGAGGCCGACGUCAGCAGUGCUGAGCCCGAGUCCCAGGCAGAUGGUGCCGCGUGCCCUGGCCCAGAGGGAGGGGAGAUGGCCUCAGAGAGCCUUCCCCACACUGUUCCAAAAAAGAAGAAAAAGAAAGGGAACAAAAAAUUGGAGGCCUCCCAGAGCACUCCCCCGAAGGUGCCCAAAAAAGCGAAGACGUGGCUGCCUGAAGUCCGUGACCAGCAGGCAGACGUGUCCGCCUGGAAGGACCUGUUUGUACCCACGCCAGUUCUCCGGGCGCUCAGCUUCCUGGGCUUCUCUGCGCCCACCCCCAUUCAAGCGCUGACCUUGGCGCCUGCCAUCCGUGACAAACUUGACAUCCUCGGGGCUGCUGAGACAGGAAGUGGGAAAACUCUCGCCUUUGCCAUCCCCAUGAUUCACGCUGUGCUGCAGUGGCAGAAGGGGAAGCCCAGCCCUGUUUCAGGGAACGCUGGAAUGCCACCCGGGGAGAGCAGGACCAAGGUUGGAACCGAGACUGGCUCACCAAGCAAGUCGGCAGCUGAGUCUGGCGUGUCACCUGGCGGGACUGGAAUCGAGAGUGAAGAAGUGCCUCCCGGUGAGGCUGGGUCCACCGUCUCAGCCCAGGCCCUGCCGCUCUGUGGCGAGGGUGAUGCUGGUGAAGGGCCUUCCUCCCUGACCCAGGAGAAUGCCGUCUGCACACAGAGUGAGGAUGAAGAGGAAGGGCUCAGUGAAGAGCCAAGCGGAAAGGCCGAGCAAGAGUCGGAGGGCGGAGCUGCGGCCUGGGAGGCCCCUCCCGCGCGCCCCCUGCUCGGCCUGGUUCUGACGCCCACCCGCGAGCUGGCCGUUCAGGUCAAGCAGCACAUCGACGCCGUGGCCAGGUUUACAGGAAUUAAAACUGCUAUUUUGGUUGGUGGAAUGUCUACGCAGAAACAGCAGAGGAUGCUGAACCGCCAUCCAGAGAUAGUGAUCGCCACGCCAGGCAGGCUGUGGGAGCUGAUCAAAGAAAGACACUCUCAUUUGAGCAACCUUCGGCAGCUCAGGUGCCUGGUACUGGACGAGGCUGACCGGAUGGUGGAAAAGGGCCACUUCGCUGAGCUCUCACAGCUGCUGGAGAUGCUCAAUGACUCCCAGUACAACCCACAGAGGCAGACGCUUGUUUUCUCUGCCACACUGACCCUGGUGCAUCAGCUGCCCGCCCGACUCCUUCAUAAGAAGCACACCAAGAAAAUGGACAAAACUGCCAAGCUCGACCUCCUCGUGCAGAAGGUCGGCAUGAGGGGUAAGCCGAAGGUCAUCGACCUCACAAGGAACGAGGCCACGGUGGAGACCCUGACGGAGACCAAGAUCCACUGCGAGACCGAGGAGAAAGACUUGUACCUCUACUACUUCCUGAUGCAGUACCCGGGCCGCAGCUUGGUGUUUGCCAACAGCAUCUCCUGCAUCAAACGGCUCUCCGGGCUCCUCAAGGUCCUGGACAUCAUGCCUCUGACGCUGCACGCCUGCAUGCACCAGAAGCAGCGGCUCCGAAACCUGGAGCAGUUCGCCCGAAUGGAAGACUGUGUUCUCUUGGCUACAGACGUGGCAGCUCGGGGUCUGGACAUCCCUAAAGUGCAGCAUGUCAUCCACUACCAGGUCCCUCGCACCUCGGAGAUCUAUGUCCACCGCAGUGGGCGGACCGCUCGUGCCACCAGUGAGGGCCUCAGCCUGCUGCUGAUAGGACCCGAAGAUGUGAUCAACUUUAAGAAGAUUUACAAAACCCUCAAGAAAGACGAAGACAUCCCGCUGUUCCCUGUGCAGACCAAGUACAUGGAUGCCGUCAAGGAGCGGAUCCGUCUAGCUCGCCAGAUUGAGAAAGCUGAGUAUCGGAACUUCCAGGCUUGUCUGCACAACUCCUGGAUCGAGCAGGCGGCAGCCGCCCUGGAGAUCGAGCUGGAAGAAGACAUGUAUAAGGGGGGAAAAGCUGACCAGCAGGAGGAGCGGCGGCGGCAGAAGCAGAUGAAGAUCCUGAAGAAGGAGCUGCGCCACCUGCUGUCCCAGCCGCUGUUCAAGGAGGACCUGAAAACCAGGUACCCCACGCAGUCCGGCAAGCUGCCCCUCGCCGUGGCCGCCCCGAGCAGGGGCGAGUCUGCCUUGAGCUGCCUCUCCAGACAGAAGAGGAAGAAGAAGAAGCCAAAGGAGCAGCAGCAGGGGCGGCCGCAGCCGAGUCCGAGCGCGCAGUAGCUGCCCGGCCCGCGCGGUCUCAGUGCUGUCGUGAGUCGUCCCUCCCCGCGUCCGCUCGGCCGUGCUGCCACACCGCCCCCAGCAGACCUGCAGGCGCGUGUCGUGGGGUGCGUCCCUGCAGCAGCUUCACGUUUCUGUGCUCCUGUGCUCACAGGCUUUUCGUGUGUUCAGCGCGAUUCCCCGAAUUAAAAACAGCAGUGAGAACCAGAGAA